AUGGACGCAAAGGCGUGUGGGCCCACCCCCACGUCCCCCACGAGCGCCGCAGUGGACGCCAACUCGUUCGGCCACCACACGCGCCGCGUCACAGGCGACGCGAACGACUACUCGCGAUUCAACGGCAUUGGCGCCGACUCGGACGACGACACUGACGUUGAACCGUCGGCCGCCGAGUCAGCCGCCGCCGCCGCACAGAGAACGGCGCGCACGUGCCGCAACUGCCGCAAGAGCGGCGCCCGACUCACGUGCAGCGUGUGCAGGAAGGCCGUGUACUGUGCGCGGCAGUGCCAGGCGAGCGACUGGCCGUUCCACAAGCGCAUCUGCCAGCGCCCGAAGACAGCGGAGCAGCAGACGGCGGCAGCUCCGGUCAAGACAUCUGCUGCUGCUGCUGCAUCGACAGUCGGGAGCCGUCGAGCAAAAGGGCAGAGCAGUGGCUCGACAGUUGUGGUGGCCGAAGAGCCCGACCUGCCGGCCCAAGUGCGGGGCUACACGAACGGCGUGCCGUACUUCCAUCGGGAGUUGUCCGAGGAAGAGGCGAAGCUGAUUGGCGACAUUACGCCGCAGAAGAUUGAGGCAAAGCCCGUGGCGACGGGGCCGUCGUCGUCGUUGUCGUCGACGCAACGUGGGGGAUCCGUGUGGAACAGCGCAGGGACAUUUGAAGAGCGUGUGGUGACCAAGUGGGCCGAGAACAAGUGGACCGAGCUUUUUGCAGGCGUGACGUACGUGGAAGGCAGUAUGCAGGCGACAUUGAAGGCACCGGAGAACCUCACUGGGGACGCGAGUAUCUGUGUAGUGCGGGGCAAGAAGCGGUAUCUGUUUGACUUUACUUUCAAGCUACCCUUUGAGGUCUCGGUCAGCGGUAGCGGCACUUGCAUGGGGUCGUAUACAAUGAACGACAUCUCGAACGACGAAGACUAUGAGAUAUCUUGCGCGUUGACUACAAAGCUCAGCCAAGUCAACGAGCAAAGCGCUGUGCAAGCGUUUGUCGCAAAGGCUAACAGCGGCCUACAAAAGGAGCUGUUACGGCUCAUUGGUGUGUUUGUGAACGACUUCCAACAACAGUGA